AGUCGCGAUUCUUUCGUCGCUCGGGCCUGGACCGCCGCGCGGCGCCCGCGUCUCCCGCCGCCGCCGCCGCCUCGAGGUUCGACUCCCGCUGAGGAGUCCCCGCAGAGGAGCCCCCGAGGUCCCCGCGUGACCCCGCGCGUUCCGUCUUCAAGUGGCAGAACGCGUGACCCCUCUCCCCCCCCGCGGCCUGGGAGCGGUGCCGAACAGCCAACUCCACCAUCACCACGGAGUAUCCCGGCACGAGCGACGAAGAUGCCGAGGCCCCAGGCUCAGCGCGGUGCGGUGCAGGGCGAGGAGAAGCCCUACUUGUGCACGGUGUGCAACAUGAGCUUCACGCAGAUCGGAAACCUCAAGGACCACCAGCGCAUGCACACGGGCGAGCGUCCGCACGUGUGCAUGGAGUGCGGCAAGGAUUUCCUGCACUUGUCCUCGCUGCGGGCCCAUCACCGCACGCACACAGGCGAGCGGCUGCACGUGUGCAACGAGUGCGGCAAGGGCUUCUCAGACACGUCCAACCUGAAGAAGCACGUGCGCACGCACACGGGCGAGCGGCCCUACAAGUGCGAUGAGUGUGGAAGGGGCUUCUCGCAGGCGUCCACACUCAAGGUUCACCAGAGGUCCCACCGCGAGGCUGCCGAGAAGCAGUGCGUGCGCAUGGCGGCUGAGAAGGCGUCCACCGUCGACACCAAAACCCCCAAGAGGCGGCAGAGGGGCAAGGGCCAACAGCCGCACGUGUGCACAGCGUGCGGGAAAAUCUUCAAGCACCUGUCGUCCCUCAAGGUCCAUCGGACCAUCCACACGGGCGAGCGGCUGCACGUGUGUGACGAGUGCGGCAAGGGCUUCUCGGACACGUCUAACCUGAAGAAACACGUGCGCACGCACACGGGCGAGCGGCCCUACAAGUGCGGCGUGUGCGCCAAGGGCUUCUCGCAAGCGUCCACCAUGAGGAUUCAUCAAAAGAUGCACUCCCUGAAGACGCCGGCCUCCCACCCACCCCCUCUGUCAGUCCCGGGAGAGGAGGUGCAGGUGGAGGCUGGGAGCUACGAGCUGCCAGACGAGACGUGCCCCCCAGGAGAUGGACCCGUGCCCCUUGGCUGGGUGGAUGGGGAGGAGGAAGCCUUGGGAGACCGGGAUGUGGAAAGUGAAUGUGACGUGUUCAGUGACGGUGGGGUAAACGAGAAGCCGUACAUGUGCACGGUGUGUGACAAAAGGUUCGCCAACGUUGGUGGCCUCAAGGACCACCAACGGACACACAGGGGCGAGCGGCCGCACGUGUGCACGGCGUGCGGCAAGGACUUCCUACACCUCUCCUCCCUCAAGGCCCACCAGCGAACGCACACGGGCGAGCGGCCACACAUAUGCAACGAGUGCGGCAGGGGCUUCUCGGACACGUCCAACCUCAAGAAGCACGUGCGCACGCAUACGGGCGAGCGGCCCUACAAGUGUGGCGAGUGCGAAAGGGGCUUCUCGCAGGCGUCCACGCUCAAGAUCCACCAAAAGACCCACCGCGACAAGGAGGCGAAGGCCGCCCUGGGCCUGGCCGUGAAGUAGACGCUGAAGCCGACGGCCCCGCUUGUGCCGGCGGCUCAGCGAAGGUGCAGGUGAAAGGGGAGUUCCGUAACUCCGACGCGUUUUUUUUAAUUAAAAAAAGAAAAUCUGACAUUUUUGCAUCGCACUGCAAUUCUGUCACGGUUCAUUCAAAAGUGAAAAUGUUAAUUUGCAGUGAUGAGGCGUUUACUCCAAAAGCAGGAAAGUGUUGAGCUAAAAAUUGGAAUGUAAUGUAUGUUUUGCAAUUUUGGGAAGGGUGGUUGGUGUCUGUUUGGUGUGUUUUGCUCUAUUUUGGGUUUUCUUAAAACUACAGUUGUUUAAAUUUCGAUUUAAAGCUUUCGUGACUGCAGGGAUUCAUCUUCUUGGUUCUUUCGUUAAAGUCACUUAGAAUGGAAAUAAUGAAAUAAUAAAAUAAUCAAUUUUUAAUAAAAACGUAAUAAAAUAAUUCUCACGACGUUUCGGCCACAACGCAAGCAGCCGUCCUCAGGUGGAGAACAGGUCUGUCGAGAAGACAGAGUCUGAAUGGCACGCCCCAGGCUUGGAGCGACUAUUUAUGCUGGGAUGGAGGGGCGAAGAGUGUCUUGACAAAAUAAUUAGCAUAUCAAGAGGA